CAUAGCUUCCACCGAGAAAGAUUGUUCCUGUCUCCGACGACAAACCAGACCUACGUGCGACAGAUAGAGGGAGAGAAAAAUGGGUUUCUUCUCGUUUCUCGGAAGAGUUCUCUUCGCUUCUCUAUUCAUCCUCUCCGCUUGGCAAAUGUUCAGUGACUUUGGAUCUGACGGUGGUCCAGCAGCUAAAGAGUUGGCUCCAAAGCUUCACCUGACCAAAGCACAUCUCUCUUCCAGAUUAGGAGUAGCAUUUCCCGACAUUGAGGUGAAACAAGUCGUAUGGGCAAUUGUUGCUCUGAAAGGACUCGGAGGCUUACUCUUUGUUGUUGGCAACGUCUUUGGUGCCUAUCUUCUGGCUUUCUACUUGGUGGUCGUUAGCCCCAUCUUAUAUGAUUUCUACAACUAUGGACCUCAGGACCGCGAGUUCUCUCUUCUCUUUACUGAGUUCUUGCAGAGCGUUGCGCUUCUUGGGGCAUUGCUGUUUUUUAUCGGAAUGAAGAAUGCAACGACAACCUCCUCCUCCUCCUCCUCCCAGAGGAACCUGAAGAAGAGGAUACCCAAGCCUAAAGCUGCUUAGAGCUCUUCUUCUGGUCUCUUCCGCACAAAUGUGUUGAGGCUUUUAGAACAACAGCUUCUGAUGUCUUCAAAAGCUCUGCCUUCUGUUUUUUUCUUCCCUUACAACUUUUGCUUCUUUUUCUACUGUGGGAUUCUAGAGUUAGCCACAUUUUGUAAUUUCUCUUCUGGCUUUUAUUUUAUUUUGGAAUCUAAGAGUUUUCUUUUGUUAGAGGAUCAUACAAUUCUCUCUUUUUUUAAUAUUAAUUUUGGUUCAUCUGU